GUGGGGGCAGCCUGGGGACAGCUGGGUCACCUUGCCCUGGACUACUUUGUCAGUUGCACAGGCAGAGCAAAAGUGUCACACAGCAGGAUGACUAAUAUUUGGGCUCUGGGUUCAAAUUCGAACCAGACUGGGCACCAGCCAUAUGACCUUGGCCUGACAGUCUGAACAGCCUCAAUUUCCUCAUCUCUGAAGCUGCUUACUAGGCUCUAUUUCCCGGUAAAGCAUGAGAGCACGGGGCCUGAUACAAGUGAAGACCCUUCCAGGUGGACACCUGACCAUGUGCCUGCCCUGAGCAGCGGGGCCCACCAGGCAUCUCUGUCGUGGGCAGCCGCGCAGUGCUCGUCUGUGGACCUCCCCGGAAUCGGCAGCCCUCCCACCCCGCCCCCAGCAGUGGGCUCUGGGCCUUGGCCCCACCAUGUCGAGCCUCGGCAGUAGCCCCCAGGACAGUGGUGGCAGUAGCAGCGGCAACACUGGUGGCAGCGGCCCCAAGGCAGGAGUAGCCGACAAGAGCACGGCAGUAGCCACUGCCGCGCCAGCCUCGGUGGCAGAUGACGCGCCGCCCCCCGAGCGUCGGAACAAGAGCGGCAUCAUCAGCGAACCCCUCAACAAGAGCCUGCGCCGCUCCCGCCCCCUCUCCCACUACUCUUCCUUUGGGGGCAGCGGGGGCAGUGGUGGUGGCAGCAUGAUGGGUAGCGAGUCAGCCGAAAAGGCCGCUGCCGCCGCCGCCGCCGCCGCCGCCGCCUCCCUGUUGGCCAAUGGGCACGACCUGGCGGCGGCCAUGGCCGCGGACAAAAGCAACCCUACCUCAAAGCACAAAAGUGGUGCUGUGGCCAGCCUGCUGAGCAAGGCAGAGCGGGCCACGGAGCUGGCAGCCGAGGGACAGCUGACGCUGCAGCAGUUCGCGCAGUCCACGGAGAUGCUGAAGCGCGUGGUGCAGGAGCACCUGCCGCUGAUGAGCGAGGCGGGCGCUGGCCUGCCCGACAUGGAGGCUGUGGCGGGUGCCGAGGCCCUCAACGGGCAGUCCGACUUCCCCUACCUGGGCGCCUUCCCCAUCAACCCAGGCCUCUUCAUCAUGACCCCUGCGGGCGUGUUCCUGGCUGAGAGCGCGCUGCACAUGGCCGGCCUGGCCGAGUACCCUAUGCAGGGAGAGCUGGCCUCGGCCAUCAGCUCGGGCAAGAAGAAGCGGAAACGCUGCGGCAUGUGCGCGCCCUGCCGGCGGCGCAUCAACUGCGAGCAGUGCAGCAGUUGUAGGAACCGAAAGACUGGCCAUCAGAUUUGCAAAUUCAGAAAAUGUGAGGAACUCAAAAAGAAGCCUUCCGCUGCUCUGGAGAAGGUGAUGCUUCCGACGGGAGCCGCCUUCCGGUGGUUUCAGUGACCGGCGGGACCCCAAAGCUGCCCUCUCCGUGCAAUGUCACUGCUCGUGUGGUCUCCAGCAAGGGAUUCGGGCGAAGACAAACGGAUGCACCCGUCUUUAGAACCAAAAAUAUUCUCUCACAGAUUUCAUUCCUGUUUUUAUAUAUAUAUUUUUUGUUGUCGUUUUAACAUCUCCACGUCCCUAGUAUAAAAAGAAAAAGAAAAAAAUUUUAACUGCUUUUUCGGAAGAACAACAGCAAAAACAGAGGUAGAGACGAAUCUAUAAAGUACUGAGACUUCCUGGGCAAAGAAUGGACAAUCAGUUUCCUUCCUGUGUCGAUGUCGAUGUUGUCUGUGCAGGAGAUGCAGUUUUUGUGUAGAGAAUGUAAAUUUUCUGUAACCUUUUGAAAUCUAGUUACUAAUAAGCACUACUGUAAUUUAGCACAGUUUAACUCCACCCUCAUUUAAACUUCCUUUGAUUCUUUCCGACCAUGAAAUAGUGCAUAGUUUGCCUGGAGAAUCCACUCACAUUUAUAAAGAGAAUGUUGAUGGCUGCGUCGAAGCCCCUCUGUGUCCAUCCACGCGUGCAGGGCCGCUGCCAGGAGCUCACAGGGGGAGGGAGCAGCCUGCCCCCCACCCCCACCCCGGCCGGUCCGGCCGCCUGCACUGCACUUGCGGUCCCCGGAACGGGAUCCCCCACCCCGACAAUGAUGAUUUUGCAAAAAUGAAAAUUCUGUUCCUUUAUCCAUUGAAAUCUGGGGAGCCCGUGUCUCGAUGUUUCCGAUCCUGGCUACUUCCCUUAGAGAAAAUAAGUCCUUUUUUUCUGGCCUUGCUGAUGGCAACAGAAGAAAGGGCUUUUUUGCGUGGCCCCCGGCCAGUGGGUGUGGGUGCCCAGGGUGGGGGGGCCCCUGCGGCCUGGGCCCCCUUGCCCAUGGCCAGCUUCCUGCUGAUGAACAUGCUGUUUGUAUUGUUUUAGGAAACCAGGCUGUUUUGUGAAUAAAACGAAUGCAUGUUUGUGUCACGAA